AUGAAGAACCGCUUCGCAGAUGCCCUGGCCAUUUUAGCAUCCAUGCUGGAACUUUCAAUUGGGGUGAAGCUAAGGCCUGUCAUGAUUGAGCAGAGGGGAAAACAUGUGUACGACUAUGUCAUGAACAUCGACGAACCGGACGAUGGACUCCCAUGGUUCUACGAUAUCCGGAAUUUCGUCGAGAAAGGGAAGUUCCCUAUGGAUUCAACUAAGAAGGAUCGAAUCGCACUGCAACGACUCGCAUCUCAAUACAUCAUCUGUGGAGGACAAUUAUACCGGCGAUCUCCUUGCGGAGUUCACAAGCUGUGUGUUCACGGGGACGACAUCAAAGCAGUAAUGGAGGAAGUUCACGAAGGGGGAGGGAGACGAAGCAUUUCAGAACCCGACUGCGGCACCUCCUGGCUAAGUCCGAGCUGA